AUGAGCAGAUCAUGGGAACCGACGAAGACAUUAAAUUUUGAUAAACCUUAUUCACCGCAAGAAUUAAAAAAUGUGGUCGCGAACUCAGUCUACAUUGAUGCAAUUAUAGAAGCGGAAAGUAAUGAAAGUGGUGUUUCUAAAGAGAAGUUGAAAAAGGAAAUAUGGGAAUAUCUAGACGAAAUGGCAAUGGAUAAGAAAAUGCAUGUGGUAAGGUGGAUGGGAGUUGUGUUCCUGAAGAUCUGUUUUAUGAUGAAAAUAGGAGUAUUUGUAAAUGAAGCAGCUGUAUUAAAGUUAAAAUCAACAAUGGGAAUGAAUCCAGUACUGUUUCUGCCCACUCAUAGAAGCUAUGCAGAUUUUUGUCUCAUGACAUACCUUUGCUACCAUUAUGAUAUUGAUCUUCCUGCAGUUGCUGCGGGCAUGGAUUUCGCGUCAAUGGCGGUUGUUGGACAAAGUAUGCGUGAAACUGGAGCUUUUUAUAUCCGUCGUACUUUGGCGGGGGCUCCACUGUACGCGGCUGCUUUGAGACGAUACGUGCGGGCUUUGGUGGCGUCCUAUCACGCGCCUGUAGAAUUCUUUCUAGAAGGUACCAGAAGUAGAAGCAAUAAGAGCCUUCCGCCCAAGUAUGGUAUGUUAUCUAUGUCUCUGGCGCCGUACUUCAGUCGUGAAUGUACAGACGUGACACUGGUACCGGUCAACAUUAGCUACGACCGUAUCAUGGAGCAGAAGCUGUUCGCGUACGAACACCUCGGAGUGCCAAAGCCUAAAGAAUCUACUGGAGGUCUAAUCAAAUCACUGCACAAGCUGAACGACCACUACGGUAAUAUAUACGUGAACGUCGGCGAUCCGAUAUCAUUAAAGGAAUAUUUGGGAGACCAAGAUGGUUUGACCAAAGAAAUGUUGAAGCCGACGGAACUUCAGCAGAUUACAAAGGAACAGAUGAUAAAGAUACAGCACGUGGCCAACUAUGUGAUCACACAACAGCAGAAAUGCACAGUUGUGACUAUAUCCAAUUUAGUGGCCGUAGUAUUGAUGGAGAGCUUGGUGAGGAACGAACCGCUGGAACUGACCCAGGUCUUGGUUAAACUGGACUGGCUGAUCCAGGUGUUGAGGGACCUGGGCGCGACUGUAUUCGAAAAUGAUCUCAAGCCUAACUUGGAGAGGAUACUAGUGGUUCACAAGAACCUAAUGAGAAUUGACAGGGACAAAAAGCUGAAGCUCGUGUCCAGCGCUAUGAUGGACGUCAGUCCGGACGUUCAGAACAAGAUGAAGGGUCAUCUAUUAAAGGCUGAAACGAUGGUGAAUGCUUUGCCCAUUAUAGAACUCCAGCUAUACAUGAACCCUGUCCUGCAUUACCUGCUACCACCAGCGCUUGUAUACCUCUUAGUAAGAAGACGACCUUUAUAUAAAGAGGAGCUGUUGGCUGAAUAUCUUCAAAUCCGCAGAUUAUUAAAAUACGAAUUCUUUUAUAUGGAGGAAUCGGAGGAAAGGGUAUUUUCUUCGAGUGUUCAGUUUCUGGUGAAGGGCGGAGCCCUGUGUGAGGGCGCAGGCCUAUUGGAGGCGACCGCUCCGACCGCACUAGGAGACCUGCUACAGUCAGCGACACUUAGCUCGUUACACACCAUGAGGAUAUGCGCUGAACAUAUGAUGAAGGUGGGUAAGUGUCUAGAGAGUCAGGCGUUGAAACAUGUCCAGGCUGUUGUGGAGGAGUCCCAGGUUCAUCCUUACUGCCUCAGUCUGGACGCUAUCGGCCGCUGUCUACGAGGACUCGCUGAGGAGGGGGCGCUUAUUAGGAGCAGAGGGAAACAAGUAACAUAUGAGGUUGUGGGACACAAAAUGGAGGAAUGCCAUCGAUUAGUGACGUCAGUUCUGCCAAAUAUUAACAUAGAAUGUGGUACAAACAACUCGGUUAUAUUAAACCAGGAAACACUGAAAUCCAAAUUGUAA